GGAUCUAAAACCCGAAAACAUUCUCUUAGAUUAUUCAGGCCAUAUUGCUUUAUGCGAUUUUGGCCUUUGUAAACUGAACAUGACAGAAUCCGAAACUACAAAUACCUUUUGCGGGACACCCGAGUAUCUGUCUCCAGAACUUUUAUUGGGCCAAGGUUAUACCAAAACAAUAGAUUGGUGGACUUUGGGUGUUUUAUUGUAUGAGAUGUUGACUGGUCUACCACCUUUUUAUGAGGAAAAUACCAAUGAAAUGUACCGAAAGAUUUUACAAGAUGAAUUAAGAUUUCCUGAUGAAGUUAGCAGUGAAGCUCGAAGUUUAUUGACAGGGCUAUUGACUAGGGAUCCUAACCACCGCCUUGGUAAUAAUGGUGCCCAAGAAAUUAAAGAACAUGCAUUCUUUUCUGCUAUAGACUGGAAGAAAUUAAUUCUAAAAAAAGUUCAACCACCUUUCAAACCUAGUGUUGAAUCGGCUAUUGAUACUUCGAACUUUGACGAAGAAUUCACUUCAGAGACCCCUAAAGACUCAUUAGUCAACGAUUCUCAUCUUUCUGAGACCAUACAACGACAAUUUGACGGAUUUACAUUCAAUCCUAAUGAAGGAGUAAUGAGCGGAA